GAUCUACCCUGCUGAAGGGUGUGAAGCGUGCCCAAGAAGAGACUACUCUCCUCACAUUCCCGCCAACUGACACAUAUAAAACACGUUCUCUCUAAUUCCGUUCCGUUUAAAUUUCCGCAACCGAUACGAACCCUAACUCCGGGAGUGCAAUGGUUCCGAAGCCUAAAACCAAAACCAAAGGUGCCUCCGCCUCCGCCGUCUUCUUCAAACCGGGCACUGUGGUGGAAGUAAGCUCAGAGGAUGAAGGCUUCCGUGGUUCUUGGUUUUCCGGCACCGUCAUCCGGCAUCUUCCUUCUGACAGGUUCCUAAUAGAGUACCACAACCUGAUGGCAGACGAUAAAAGCUCAAAACGUUUGAGGGAAAUCUUGGAUAUACGUCAACUGCGGCCCAUUCUCCCACCGGAGAUAGGCGAAGUAUUCAAAUUUGGGGAUGAGGUUGACGCAUACUACAACGACGGUUGGUGGGAGGGUUUUAUAACUGAGGAAUUAGAGAAUGACAGAUUUGCAGUGUAUUUCAGGGCGUCCAAGGAGCAAUUGGUGUUUUCCAAAGAACAACUCAGAAUCCAUCGAGAAUGGUUCGAUCACAAAUGGGUCCCGCCAUUCCAACAGGAAAAGGAUGAAUCCAAUGAAGCUGCAAAGCCUGAUGAAUCCAAAGAAGCUGCAAAGCCCGAUGAAUCCAAUGAAGCUGCAAAGCCUGAUGAAUUUGGCCAAGGGGCUACAGUCGAGGUUAGCAAUGAUGAAGAUGGGUUCAGUGGAGCUUGGUUUGAAGCCACUAUAGUUGAGGCAAAGGGAAAUGACAAGUUCGUUGUUGAGUACCAGACUCUGUUAGCUGAUGAUGAUUCUAAUCUUUUGAGAGAGGAGAUUGAUGCCUUGCACAUAAGGCCUCCUCCACCCAAUACUAAUCUUGAUGGUCAAUUUAGUCUUCUUGAUGAAGUCGAUGCCCUGUACAAUGACGGUUGGUGGGUGGGUGUGAUUUCUAAAGUUCUUGCGGACUCCAAGUAUGUGGUUUACUUCAGGUCUUCUAAUGAGGAACUAGAGUUUCAUCACUCCCAAUUGCGGCUGCAUCAGGACUGGAUUCAUGGCAAAUGGAUUAUGCCUUGUAAGGUGAUGAAGUUGUGAACGCUGAAGAUAACAAGAGGUAGAAGAAAAAAUCCGGAUUCGGUUAAGUCACUCAUCAGGGCUUACCAGUUUGUUUGGAUCCAAACACGAACUCAUCUCACUUUAGAUUCUGAUUAUGUAGUUUUGCUUUAGACAUUAACCUUUGACAUUUCCUGGUAAGUAUAGCCAGUACAUAAUUCUCUCGAAAUUGCAAUUUGUGCUUGUGUGCAA